AUGUGCGGUCUUAAAAGUGCCGCAUUCGUGAUCAUUUUUGGUGAUGCGAUUCAUAAUUUCAUCGAUGGAAUUGCUAUUGGUGCAAGUUUCUCUAUCUCAAAUCAAUUUGGUGUAGCGACAAGCAUUGCUGUUGCAUGUCACGAAUUACCACAUGAAUUAGGUGAUUUCGCAGUCUUAAUCGAAUCUGGCCUUUCUGUUCGUCGAGCCGCCUUCCUGAAUUUUCUUUCUUCUUUAACUGCUUAUGCGGGCUUAUUUAUUGGCUUAGCCGCGAUUAGUGUGGACAGCGCUGUCGAGAUAUUGCUUGCCAUCACAGCUGGAAUGUUUUUGUACGUUGCUUGGCUUGAUAUGUUGGUACAUUUGAAAAAGGAGCCAGCAUCGACGAACGACAAAUGGUAUAUAACGCUGUUGCUUCAGAAUAUCGGAUUUAUCACCGGAUUUUUGAUUAUGUUUACUAUUGGGUGGUAUGAGGAAGUCCUUGAGUCACUUUAG